AUCAUUUCGCGCCCAUCUGGGUUAUUUCAAUUUGUUAGUUACCAACUCUGAGUCUGUUGGCUCAGUAGUUUAGCUUGUGUCGUCUAGUCAUACAAUGACCGGUCAACGUCGUGCCAGCAAGAGAACCUCUAUUCGGAAAUCAGAUCUGCUUCCAGAAGAGAGGACGUUUGUGAAUCCGUCAGCCUUGAGCCCCCAUAUCUUCUGUCCAGUCUGUCAAGAAGCUUUCUGUAACCCUCAACGUGCCCCUUGCGGUCAUAGUUUUUGUAAAAAUUGUAUUGAACCCUGGAUCCAGAAUACUCCCAACUGUCCGGUGGAUCGUAAACCGAUCCCAAAAGGAUCAAUGCAUCAUGAUUUUAUUGUGGAAAAUAUAAUAGGUGACUAUUUGGUCGCGUGUCCUUGGCGUGCACUGGGAUGCGAUUUCGUUGGCGAGUUAUACCUUUUACCUAGUCAUAAAAAAACAUGUGUCAUGAAUCCAAGUUCUAUGCCUCCAGCUUUACGUUCUCGUACAACAGCUUCCUUGAGCAAAGCUAGUAAUAAUCAAUCUCUAGAUCCGAAUUCUUAUAAAAAUAAUCAAAAGUCAUCAGUUAAAGACGGUUUUGUGUUUCAAUCACAACUUCCCUCAAAUACAAUCACGACGGCAGAGAGAAUUAUUGAUGGAAAUGAAGGUUCAAGUAGUCAAGGUAAUAGUAUCGAGUCAAGGACUGGUUCGAGUUCCUACGAUGAUGCUCAUGAAGAAAGUGUUAUAUUCGUUAGUGACGAUGAAGCUGAUUUACCGCCUGCUCCACCACCUAGUCUCUUACAUCGAUUAUAUCAUAAUUCUGAUGCAGAUAGUCGUGAUUUAUUAUGUAAUUUUAUACAAAAUAAUUCGAAUACUACAACCCAGUCCUCUAGUACUAACAAUAAUAAGAAUAAAAAUGCUCCUAAUAAACGAGGACGUAAGAAGUAAAUUAAAUUCACUUCUGUCCUGGUUGAUUCCUUAAAGCAUUUCAAAUUUGUGUUUUAUCUUGUUUAAAGUACAUUUAUAAAAACAAAUAACCCGUUUUCUUUGACACGUCGUUGGAAAAACUCCGUUGUGUUUCAAGAAAUAUAUAUGUACUCCAUAAGAAUUCUUGCAGUAAAUCCAAACAUACUGAUGUAUAUUUUGUUGAUCAUGUUAUGUCAGCUCAGUUGAAUUGCAACAAACUGAAACCUUGGCGGCGCCCAGGCAACACUAUUUAAGGGAUACGACAAGGUUUAUACACUCGGUUUUGGAUCACACUUUUCUGUACGAGGGCUAAUAAAAUCAUUCAGUAAACAAUGGGGUUCAAACGUUCUAUUCAGUUGUCGUAAGUCACGCUUUAACCAACUAGCAACCUCUCUAAACUGUUUGAUAUACUGUAAGUUUAUGUAUCGUAUUCUCAAAGUAGACAUUGACCGUAAGACUUCCGAAGUUCAUUACCCGAAUCCAUUCUCGCUACUUUUUAUCGCAUCUAUCUUUUCGAUGCAAUGGGCAGGAUUUGGGCCUAACAAGUCCUAAGUCAUUCAAAAGAGAGCAGCAUACAAAAAUGACGUUAUUAGUAUCUAGUCAUGUUAUUUUUGUAUUAAUUUGUAUGUUAGCAUUUUGUCUUAUUGAAUAAAAAGUUUCUACUGGCUA